CUCAGAGAAGGAGAAGCAACGCGUGUGACGGGUUGGAGAGUUCUGUUCAGAUGUGAUUCGUCCGUUCUGUCUGUGCUCUUAGACGUCCGUUCUCAGUGAUGGCCGGUGUGGAGCAGCGCUCUGUGUUUGAUGUUGCUGGAGAUCUGAAGCUCACUGAUGGACUCAGAGAGAUUUCAAUUGUGCCGAACCAUCAGGAAGACCCCCAGCCCACCCCAGCGCCCCCCAUCACAGUCGGUGUUCCUGACGAGACCCGGAGGAAGGAGGACACUGUUUUCGGGGGGGUCUCGGACAGGAUGCUGUGCUCGGCGUGUCAGUGUCCGUUUGAAAGUCGUGAAGAGCAGAUGGAGCACUAUAAGCUGGACUGGCACCGCUUUAACCUGCGGCAGCGCCUGGCCGGACGGCCCUCGCUCUCCGUGGAGGAGUUUGAGAAGAAAACAGGAGCAGGCGACCUGUCCAGCAUCUCGGGCUCGGACUCAGAGGACGACGAGGAGGACGGUGGUGAUGGUUGCCAUGGUGAUGAGGUGACCCCCGAAGGGUCGGAUGGUGGCCGGCUGUCCAGCAGGGUGAUUUUCCAGAACUCUGAGGGACAGUACGUGUCCCUGUACCGCUGUACACUGCAGGGCAGCAGAACAGACGCUGAGGUGAGCCUGGUGGACUCUCUGCUCAAGAUUUCAGACAGGACGGUGUGGGUGAUCCUGAUGACCGGUGGGGGUCACUUCGCUGGAGCUGUGUUUCGGGGUAAAGAGAUUCUGCAGCAUAAGACGUUUCACCGCUACACAGUGAGAGCUAAAAGAGGAACAGCUCAGAGUCUGCGCGACGCCCAGAACCGCAGCCACGCCCCCAAAUCUGCAGGAGCCGCCCUCAGGAGAUACAACGAAGCUGCGCUGCUCAAGGACAUUCAGGAUCUGCUGAAGAGCUGGGCUGAGUAUUUGAAGGAGGCGAGCUUGAUCUUCCUGCGAACUCCGAAGUAUAACAGGAGCGUGUUUUUCGGAGGCCGUGGAGCGCCGCUGGAGAAGAAAGACCGGAGAAUCCGUUCACUUCCGUUCGCCACUCGCAGAGCCACUUUCAGUGAAGUACAGCGCGUCCACAACGUCCUCUCAACGCUGCACAUCUACGGUAGAAACACAGAUAUUUCCAGUAUCUUCAGUUCGAGUAAGAAAGUGUGGCAGAGAAAAGCUCCGAAUCCAGCAGCUCAAACUCCUCAAACAGCACCAGAGGAGGAUGAGGAGCAGAGCUCAGACGAUGAAGGCUCUGUAGAGCUGGAGAUGGUGAAGAUGACGUUAGACACGCUGGAUCUGAGAGAGUACGAGGUGAAGCCCAACAAGAAGAAACAGAAGAAAAAGAAAGAGAGAAAGAAAACAGACGACUCGGGCAGUGUGGUGGAGGAGGAGGUGCAGGACGUAGCUGUGGUCACUCAGGAGGCUGCAGAGAAACCUAAAGCCAAGAGAAAACCCAAGAGCAAAGACAGAGGCCUUGCAGAGGAAGGUGCGGCGCUCUCUCAGUCUGAGGUGUGGGAGUACAGUGUGAGGGACGCUCUCUACACCGCCUGCAAAACAGGAGACGCCACCACCCUGCACAGCCUGCUGCAGCUGCCUGAGUCUCCAGCAGAGCCUGGGGGUCCGGGGGUCUCUCUCAGUCCCCUCACACUCCUCAGCACCCCCAUCAACUCCGCCGGGUUCACUCUGCUGCACGUGGCUUCCGCUGCAGGACAGAAGAACAUCGUCAGACUGCUGCUGGAGGCAGGAAGUGACCCGGCCUGCAGGGACAGUAAAGGUCAGACUCCGUAUGCAGUCGCUGCAGAGAAAGACACCCGGAACGCCUUCAGGAAGUUCAUGGCUGACCAUCCCGACAAAUAUGACUACGCAAAAGCUCAGGUUCCUGGACCUCUGACGGCUGAAAUCGAGAGUAAGAAGGCGGAGAAGAAGAAAGCACAGAGAGCAGCGAGGAAACAGCGAGAGAGAGAGCAGAAAGAGGAGAAGAAGAGAGAGGAGGAGGAAGAGGAGGAGAAGAGGAGGUUUUUAUCACUGAGUGACAGAGAGAAGAGGGCUCUGGCUGCAGAGAGGAGACUGGCAGAGCAGGCGGCUACAACAGGAGUAACACUGACCAACAGCAGGCGGUGUUGUCAGUGUGGAGAGUCGUUGUUGGGGAAGAUUCCGUUUGAGUAUCUGAAUUUCUCCUUCUGCUCACCGCGCUGCGUCCAGGCCCACCGAAAAGCCAAUGCUGCAGCCCGACCCUGACCAGACCCUGACCAUAAAGUAACUACAGAGUGACCGCGGUCAGAACAGAACCGGACUGGAGGAGUCAUGUCUUACUGCCACACAAGGAACUGGUGCUGCUUCCUCCAUCGCUGCUGUUGAUCAGCACAGCGGGAGGAGCUGAUUUUAUACACACUGCCUGAUAAAAGUUUGGGGACUCGCCUUCUUUAAACUGCCCUUUAAACUGUCCUUCUUUAAAAUGUCCUUCUUUAAACUGUCCUUUAAACUGUCCUUCUUUAAACUGUCCUCAGUAAUGUUUGAUUUUUUUUUUUUUUCUUUAUAAUAUUGAAAAUCUACAGCUGUGUAGCCCCGCCUAUUCAACCUACAGCGGUGUAGCCCUGCCCGUUCAGCCUGGUGCAGUUUGACCCCGCCCAUCCGGCCUACAGCAAUUUAGCCCCACCCGUUCAGCAUGCUGCAGUUUAGCCCCACCCAUCCGGCCUACAGCAAUUUAGCCCCGCCUGUUCAGCAUGCUGCAGUUU